GACCGGAGACAGUGUGACCGGAGCUUUGCGUUUUAUGAAGAUUUACUCAUACACCCUCGGCUAUAUAGUCAUAACUAGGAGAAUACCGUCGCCUGAUGACAGAUGUGCAUGGGGGUGUUCUAGUAACUUCAGGAACACAUAAUAAUUUCAUAGUACAGUUACUGAUAAAUAUAUCACUAUUUUCCGGCGACAACAAAUCGGUGAGACACCUCUUUCUCUCUGCGUCCAAUUCGUGUCUCCCUAUCUAUCUCUCAGGUUUCCUUCUCUCUUCGCCUGAUCUGUUAUUAAUCCCCACUUUCAAUUCGUCUACGAGGAGCAUCUGCGUCCGAGGUUUAGAUCCUUUUUGUCUGCUUGUACUAGAUCUCUUCUUCUUCUUUUUUCAAGUAGCAGCGAAAGGUCAAAGAAGCAAGGAAGCAAUGAUGUCCUUCGAGAUGAAUGACCGGAAAACAGAAAUUGGGUUAGGGCUGACAGCAUUUGGCGUUUUCUUCUCCUUUUUGGGAAUCAUGUUUGUCUUUGAUAAGGGCUUACUUGCCAUGGGUAAUAUUCUUUUCAUCUCUGGGGUUAGUCUUACCAUUGGCCUCAAGUCUACCAUGCAGUUUUUCACCAAGCGUCAGAACUAUAAGGGAACCAUAUCUUUUGGGUCCGGCUUCUUCUUUGUACUCCUUGGCUGGCCUAUCUUUGGAAUGAUGUUGGAGACCUAUGGCUUUUUUGUUCUCUUCAGCGGCUUCUGGCCAACCUUGGCAGUUUUCGUACAAAAGAUACCUGUUCUCGGCUGGAUCAUUCAGCUACCUUAUAUUCGAUCCUUCUUUGACAAGUACCGGGGCAAGCGUGUGCCCGUCUAGUCAACUCUAGUGAGAGGACAAGUGUUUGGAAGAAAGAAGAGGUUUGGAUGGUAUGCUUGUAGAGAAGUAAACCCGUAGUAGGAGAAAGAAAAUACUAGCGUGGAGCAGCAAAAGAUACGACUAGAAGCUGUAUGUUUCUGUCUGUGUAGUGACUUGAACAACCUCUUGGUGGGUUUGUAAUCAUUUUGUUUUAAGAGUUUUUUAGUGGUUUUUUUUUUCUUUCUGAAAUUGUUUCACCAUUUGUUUUCUUUUUUUUUUAAUACAUUACAAAAUUGUCCACCACCAAACUGACGAGAUGAUGAUGAUAUAUUAGAGGCUCUCUUUAAAGUU